AUGUAUCUGUUCCUUGCGGAGGCGGGCAUGGAUACACUUUCGGAUCCAAUUGUGAAAUACGUCCCUGAGUUGCAAUCAGCCGUCUCGGGUGAUGCAAUUAAUUCCGUGCAAUGGGCGAAUGUGACGGUGGGGGAGUUGGCGAGUCACUUAGCUGGCGUUGGGAGAGACUAUGGUAUCCUUGAUCUUGCAGGGAACCCGUCAAUGACCCAAAUGGGAUUCCCGGUGCUACAACCGGAUGAAGUACCGCCUUGCGGAAAUCCCGUACCUUGUAAUAGGACACAGUUCUUUAACGGACUUCUCCAAAGGCACCCUACGUUUCCCAUAUCUGCGACCCCGGUAUAUUCGAAUGCUGCAUUCCAGAUUCUCGGAUAUGCCCUAGAGGCAAUAAAAAAUGAUACCUUUGAAAACCUUUUUGAGAAUCAGCUCGUGGGGGCCCUAAAACUCAACCACACUUUCUACACCACACCGAGCCCGUCACUCGGAGUUAUUCCCCAAGGCCAAGGCGCAAAUUUCUGGAAUAUGGAUUUGGGUGAUGAAAACCCAGCUGGUGGCAUUUACUCCUCUGCCAAUGAUAUGGCAGCUCUUGGCCGGGCAAUCCUAAACAGCACCCUUACGGAUCCUCUCACAACAAGACGAUGGCUGAAACCUCAUUCUCACACAUCUUCCCUCGCCUACUCAGUCGGAGCCCCGUGGGAAAUUAUAUCUUUCCCCGCGCCCCGCUUAAUUGACCUCUACACAAAGUCUGGAGAUAUCGGGACUUAUUCUUCCAUCCUUGCAUUAUCCCCAGACCAUGGUGUUGGCUUCACAAUUCUUGUCGCAGGUACCGGCGGCCACGUUGUCGUUGCAAUGGUUGCCGACCUUGUGGCACAAACUAUACUCCCCGCGCUAGAGUACAUCGCCAAGGAUCAAGCGCGCGUCCGAUUCGCAGGGACUUACUCGGCGCCUAGCGGGGGGGGUUAA